AUGGGUACCUUAUGUAAGGAAAAAAAUGUGUUCUUCUCCCCUUUUUCGUUGUCCACUGCAAUGGCCAUGCUAUAUAUGGGCACUGAAGAACUUUAUUUGGAACAGAAGCAAGCUGAUUAUGUCUUGUCUUGUGCAAACUCAGUACUUAGUGACAGGAGCUUCGUGAAGAACACUUUUAAGUCUACCGUCGUUGAAACUUUUAAGACUUUCAUGCUGGAAGUCGAUUUCGCCUCAGAGACGCAGAAAGUACUAAAGCAAAUCAACGACUGGGUUAGCGAUAAAACCCAAAAGAUGAUCUCCGAGUUGUUGGACAAGCUGAGUCCUGCAACGGUCAUGGUGCUGUUGAACGCUGUUUAUUUCAAAGGAAACUGGUUGCGGCAAUUUGAUGCGAACCUCACUACCAAGCAGACAUUUUACAACAAAGGAAACGAGAAGAAAAAGACACAAGUAGACAUGAUGGAAUUGAAGGACGAUUUUCUUUAUAUGAAGGGCAAAACUUUCAAAGCCUUGCAGCUGCCUUAUAGAGAAGAGGAAGUGGCCAUGAUGAUCCUGUGUCCUCAUGCUUUGAACGGCUUGAGGUAUUUGGAAAGAAAGCUGAGGGCCUCUUUCCUCCAAGAUACUAAGACUGAUGUGCGUGGAAGGAAGGUGUCCGUUUCUUUGCCCAAGUUUCGUUUGGUGUCCCUGAAAGAAUACUUCCAGAAGAUAGGGCUGGAGAAAUUCUUCGAGCUAGAUGGUUAAUUUGAUGGCAUAACCGAUGUCAAAGGCAUAUUUGUGUCCAAAAUCGUGCACAAAGCUGUCGUGGAUGCGAAUGAGGAGGGGUGUGAAGCUUCUGCUGCAACUGCAAUCGUAAUGGCCCGAAGCCUUCCUUAA